AUGGCUGGGAUGUUUUCAUUAGGAGGAAACAAUAACAACAACGGAGACGAAGAAGAAGAAAAUCAACAACAAAAGACAAAUUGGGUUUGGUAUAGAUCAAACACAAACACAAACACCAAUAACAUUAACCCAAGCUCGACGAGCCUAUGGCAGAUUCCACCAGAGCAGCAGCUUCUCAUACAUCAUCAACCACAACAACAAAGCUUAGAUCUCUAUCCAGGUCAUCAGAUCGAUGUCUCUGAUUUAGCCACAUCAUCAAGAUCCCUCACCAUAAGCUGUCGGGACUGUGGAAACCAAGCCAAGAAAGACUGCACUCACAUGCGUUGCAGGACUUGCUGUAAGAGCCGUGGCUUCGAUUGUUCCACUCACGUGAGAAGCACGUGGAUCCCCGUUGCCAGACGCCGUGAGAGACAGCAGCAGCUUCAUAUGUCUACAUCUGGAGGCAGUGGUGGAAGCGGCAGUGGAGGCGGCGGUUCGAGUAUCCCUAAACGUCAUAGGGAUGCUACUCUUCCGGGAACAUCCUCCACUCUCUUGCCAUCUGACUCAGCAGGGUUAGAAAUGGGGGAAGAAAAUUUUCCGCCGGAAGUGAGCUCGGAUGCGCUUUUCCGGUGUGUAAAAAUGAGCGGCGUAGACGACGGAGGAGAUGGUCAAUACGCUUAUCAAACGACAGUGAACAUCGGAGGUCAUCUCUUCAAAGGAUUUCUAUAUGACCAAGGCCCUGAAAGCAGCUACGUGAGUGGUGGUAGUGGUGGAAGCGAUCAUCAAAGCUCCUCUGCAGGAGGUGGGAAUCCAUAUAAUACUCCGGCAAUGGCUGACGGUGGAGGAGGAGGAUCAUCGGCGAUGUUUGUAGAUCCUAAUUCUAGUGGUUACUAUUCAAGUAGCAUGGCGAGUAUGUUCGUGCCACCAGGUACACAAUUCUAUCAAAACCCACCACGAUCUUAAUUAAAUCAAGAACUCGAGUUUUGUUUUAUAAUAUUGUUUCUAUAUAUGUAAUGUGUUGUUUUCUUUUUUUUUUGUGUGUCUAAAUGUUAAGAAAUGUGUUGUUUUCUUCAAUCAUAUGUAAUACAUAGACAAUAUUGCAAAUCAGAUCAACAUCUGCAUGUUUGUUUGUCAGUAUGUAUAAUGUAUGUGUUUAUUUAUAAAUUUCAGUUGUACGGUAA